AUGAAUAAUUGGCAACAUUUUUUCAACAACCCUGUUGAUCUUUCUGAACACUUGAAAAAGCCGUAUUUUCGUUUUGAUAACAGAGACAAGGAAGUUACUACAAUCAGCUUCGAUGAAAAGGCAAAUCUGGUAUGGAGUGGAGAUAGCUACGGUUGCAUAUCCUCGUACGAUCCAAACUUUCAACUUUAUACACGAUAUAGGGGACACAUAGGCGGUAGUUCCGUCAAGGAUAUUCUCAGUCAUCGAGAUGGUAUUUUAUCUAUCAGCGAAGAUUCCUUACAUUUUGCAAAUAGAAGAGGUGUUACUAAGCUGAAUUUAACGAGUAUCGAUAUUGCUGCGUUUAGCGAAUUAAAUACUAUGUGCUACGCCCCUCAUUCGCUACAGAAUAACAUUUACUGUGGUGGUGACAAUACAAAUUGGGGCAUUGCCUCAAUUGACUUGAACAAAGGUUGCUUGGACUCACUUCUGAAUUACUCGUCUAAAGUUAAGUUGCUUCGCUCUAAUAAUAAGAUCUUAUCUGUUGGAAGACAAACCGGGUCUGUAGAUUUGAUAGAUCCAACUUCUAAUCGAACAAUCAAAUCCUUCAACGCCCACUCUGCGUCUAUAUCCGGAAUGGACUUACGUGAUAAUACCUUAGUUACAGUAGGAAAAUCCAAAAGAUUUUAUAACUUAUAUGCUGACCCAUUUGUGAAUGUCUACGACCUAAGAACAAUGCGUCAACUUCCUCCUGUUUCUUUUUCUAAGGGAACUACAAUGGGGUCUGGCGGCGCAGACUUUGUUCAAUUACAUCCUUUGCUUCCUACUGUUAUGAUCGUUGGCUCUAGUUCUGGUUCUUUUGAUUUUAUCGAUCUUUCAAAUCCAACUUUGAGAACACAGUACGUUCACCCUUGUCAGUCAAUCAAAGAGUUUUCUUUAUCACCUAAUGGUGACGUAUUAGGGAUACUAGAGGCUGAUAACCAUCUAGACACAUGGAGGAGAUCUUCAAAUAAUAUGGGGAUGUUUACCAAUACCCCUGAAAUGCUGGCAUAUCCAGACUACUUCAAUGAUAUUACGUCUGAAAGCCCUAUAUCAAUAGACGACGAAACAUAUCCAUUGAGCUCAGUGGGGAUGCCUUACUAUCUUGAUAAAUUAUUAUCUGCAUGGCCUCAUGUAGUUUUCAAAAGUGAAGGCACUAUACCACAGUUAUCAGGUAAGCCUCCUUUACCAUCAAGCGGUAGACUAAAAAGUAACACUGCUGUAAUUUCAAGUCAAAAUGAGAAAUUGAGCACACAAGAAUUUCCCCUGUUACGGUAUGAUCGCACCAAAUAUGGAAUGAGAAACACUGUGCCGGAUUAUGUAUGCUUAAGAGAUUUAAGGAAACAGAUAACCACCGGUUUGGAAACGAGCGAUAUACAGAUGUACGCCGCAACGAAUAAAUAUGAAGUACCACCAGCGUAUAGUAGACUGCCAUUGACCACAGGCAGGUUUGGUACGGAUAACUUUGAUUUUACUCCCUUUAAUAACACUGAAUAUUCCGGAUUAGAUCCAGACGUCGAUAACCAUUAUACCAAUGCUAUCAUACAGUUAUACCGUUUUAUUCCUGAAGUGUUUAAUUUCGUGGUUGGAUGCUUGAAAGAUGAAAAUUUUGAAACUCCCUUGUUAACUGAUCUCGGCUAUCUUUUUGAUAUGAUGGAUAGAUCGAAUGGAAAAAUUUGCAGCUCUACCAAUUUACAAACUUCUUUGAAAUCUUUGACGGAUAAAAGGUAUUUAGACAACAAUGUGCCGCAAGAGCAUUUGGAAGAGUACUUGGAAUCUUUGUGUAUAGGGGAAAACAUCGAAGGUUUUAGUUCUUCUGAAAGUAUUAAACGUAAUAUGCCUCAAAAAUUUAACCGAUUUUUACUUUCACAACUCAUAAAAGAAGAAGCGCAGACUGUGAAUCAUAACAUCACACUCAACCAAUGUUUCGGUUUGGAAACAGAAAUAAGAACACAUUCCGGCUGUGAUCACUAUGAUACUGCCGUUAAACUUCUGCCAUCWUUACCGAUAGCUGGAAUCAACAAAAGUGUAAUCAAGCAAUUGAAUAAAAAGAAUAACGGCCAAAAUAUUUUACCGUAUAUUGAAUAUGCCAUGAAAAAUUCUAUUCAAAAAAACAGCAUCUGUCCUAUUUGUGGCAAAACCGAUAUCAUAACACAGGAGAAUACAGUUAAGAACUUGCCCUCAGUGUUAUCGCUGGAACUGUCAUUACUGGACACUGAGCUGUCUAAUAUAAGAUCAUCCAAGAAUUGGUUGAUCAACGAGUUUUAUGGAAGCAUCAUAAAGAACAAGGCCAUUUUGCGACCAGCAGCGUCCGAGUUGAAAGGCACGGGUCAUAUAUUCAAAUAUGAAUUGAACGGCUAUGUAGCCAAAAUCACCGAUAACAAUAAUGAGACACGUCUAGUAACCUACGUCAGAAAAUAUGAUUUAAGGGAAAAUAACUUCAAAUGGCUCAUGUUUAAUGAUUAUCUCGUAGUCGAAAUAUCAGAAGAAGAAGCACUUAAGAUGUCAUAUCCUUGGAAGACACCAGAAAUAAUCAUAUAUUGCGAUGCGGAAGAGCUUCGGAAACCCUUCUUUUCUGUGGAUACGUAUUCUAUCAACUAUGAUAUUCUCUAUCGUGAUUAUUUUGCAAAUGGAAUAAGAGAUACCGCAAGAUCCGAGUAUAAGCUCUUGACACAUGAUGAAGCUCCCAAAUCUGGAUCCUUGGUUGCCAUUGAUGCCGAGUUUGUCUCGUUGCAAAGCGAACUAUGCGAAAUUGAUCAUCAAGGGAUCAGAAGUGUUAUAAGACCUAAAAGGACAGCCCUUGCCAGAAUAUCCAUUUUAAGGGGCGAAGAAGGGGAUUUGUAUGGAACACCAUUCGUUGAUGAUUACGUGGUAAAUACAAACCACAUAGAAGAUUAUUUAACAAGAUACAGUGGUAUUCUUCCCGGUGAUCUAGAUCCUGAGAAGAGUACUAAAAGACUCGUGAAGAGGAAUGUUGUAUAUCGAAAAGUCUGGCUGCUGAUGCAGCUUGGCUGUGUAUUUGUCGGACAUGGUUUGAACAAUGAUUUCAAACACAUCAACAUUAAUGUUCCAAGAAAUCAAAUUCGCGACACCGCCAUAUACUUCUUGCAAGGAAAAAGAUACCUUUCGUUGCGUUACCUGGCAUAUGUCUUGUUGGGAAUGAAUAUCCAAGAAGGGAAUCAUGAUUCAAUUGAGGACGCCUACACUGCCUUAAUUCUCUACAAGAAGUAUCUAGACUUGAAGAGGAAAGCUAUUUUUGAAAAGGUGUUGAACAGCGUAUAUGAAGAGGGCAGAGCCCAUAAUUUCAAAGUUCCAGAAACGCCAAAGACAUAG